AUGCGGGCUCGUCCCAGCGCUGGGAAGCGUUGGAAACGCUCUGAAGCGACUAUAGAUGGAAAAAGCCCGGUUUUGCGGGAGCUGGGCGUGCGGGGGACGGGCCGGCAGCCCGUGAGGCCACCGCGAGAGCAGCGCCGCGCCGUCGCCAUGGCAACCGCCGGCACAGCUUGCACUGACACGGAGCUCAUGUCCUCCAUGAUGCAAAAAAUCACUCUGUUGGAACAAAAAAUAGAGAAACAAGCACAAGAAAUCCAACUGCAGGACAGGAGGAUUGCUGAACUUGAAGAGAAGAUGAAGACUCUUCAGAAAGGAGAAGAUGCUCCCAACUCAUCCGCAGCAGAGGAACUGGAAAUGAGGUGCCUUCAGCUGCAGACCCAGGUCUGGGAGAUGGAGCAGUUUCUAAAUGACUAUGGUCUGAUUUGGGUUGGAGAGAGACAUGAACAGCUAGAAGAUUUAGAAUUACUCGAGGAUGAAGAAAAGCUGCCAGCAAGGAGCCUCUGGAAGCCAGGUGAAGCAGUUGUUUCCAAACACCAGAUUGAUUUUGAUUUAAUCUUGGCAAAUGUGAAGGAUUUGAAUGUGCUGGCUGGAGAAGGCAUUUCUCAGAUCGAGGACACACCUGGGGGUGCUCGGCUGAGACAGCUGGAACCCCUCCCUCUUACGCUGUAUCAAAAUGGGAUCAUCAUGUUCAACGGACCCUUUCGGCCCUACGAGGACCCAUCCACACAGCAAUGCCUGCAGGAUCUUAUGGAUGGCUAUUUUCCUUCAGAGCUGCAGAUGCGCUACCCAGAUGGCAUCCCAUUGCAGGUCACUGACAGAAGGGACGUGGUAUUUCAGGAGAGGCGCCUUCCAGGGAGUUUUCCUGGCCAUGGCCAAGUGGUUGGCCAUUCAAAAUCAAGUGAGGUGCAGGAAACCACCGAGAUCUCAGGUCCCAAACCCUCCUUGGAGCAGUUUUUCAACAAGCUUUCGAAGUCCUCAAAACAGAGAGGAGAAGUGAUCAAUGUCCCAGAUCCAGCCCGAGCAGCACAGCAGGGCUCUGAAGGGGUACAGAGCAGCAAAGAGAUCUGCAUGGAGACACCCAGGAUGUCUGCCCUGGAGAGGGUGAAGACAGCUGAAGAGGCUGAAGCUUCUGCCGCUGAUGUCUGCACUCUCCGCAUCAAAUCUGAGAGCGGGGAGCAGACGUACGUCCUAAAGAUGCUGUUCACAGAGACCAUAGGGGACCUGCGCCAACACCUCGCCUGUGCCAGGGGUGGAGACUCCGACUCGUAUGAGAUCAUCAGUACCUUUCCCCAGAGGGUGUACACGGACAACACCAGGAGCCUGCAGGAAUGUGGUCUGAUCCCCAGUGCCUCCUUGCUGCUGCGGAGAAGAGAUCCCUCCCAACAAGAGGGGAUGGAACAGCAAACAGCUUAA